GUAACGUCACACCAACUGUGUCGGCAUCUACACCUACGUCCAGAAGCAGCCCGUCAUUUUUUUUCCCAAGCAGCUCGCCUGAAUCGAAGGAUACAAAACGUCCCGUAUCGACAUCUCCAUCACCCACAAAGCAGCGACCGGGUCCGCUGAUGUCUCGUUUUCGGCUAUCGCUAGGCGCUACAAAGAAGAAACCGACCAAUGAUGCUAAAGAGAGCGAGAGUAUCGCGGUGGUGACGAGAUCGAAAUCGUUGAAAACAUCAUCAUCGUCUCCAACUGAUGUCAAUACCUCGACGCAAGAUCUCUUUGCUGCACUCACCCAGAGCGAAAACAUAGCCCUGGACCAACGCUUGGUGAAGCAAGUGACAGAGUUGUUUAGCCGAUCUAUGUUUAUAUAUUCUCCUGAUUAUGAUAUCACCAACAACUUCCAGCGUUCGUUUGAUGAUCCUACGAAACAACCACCAGAUAAUAUACCACUAUGGAAACAAGUCGAUAAGCGGUUUUGGUGGAACGAGCACAUCACCCGCGAAUUUCAACAGCGAAAUUUGGACGACUGGAUUAUUCCCGUGAUGCAAGGCACAAUGCAAAUUGAACCUUGUGAGAUUGAAGGAUAUGAGUUUGACUUCAUCCUUAUUUCACGGCGCAGUCGUGAGAGAGCUGGUAUGCGAUAUCAGCGACGUGGCAUCAAUGAACAAGGUCAGGUGGCCAACUUUGUUGAAACAGAACAGAUCAUUGUGUUCACUAGAGAUGAUACGCCACAAGUUGCAUCCUUUGUUCAAACACGUGGAUCAAUUCCUGUGUUUUGGAGCCAAUCGCCUUAUAGCUUACAUCCCGUACCCACGCUCGAUCGCGAUGAGGAAGAGAAUAAUCAAGCUUUUGAAAAGCAUUUUGUCGAACAAGAACGACUGUAUGGAAAACAAAUUGCUGUGAGUUUAACGGAAUUAGACGGCCGAGAAGCUAUCGUUGGAUCUCAGUACCGUCGACAUAUUGAACACCUGGCGGAUCCAAAUAUAAAAUACGUGGAAUUUGACUUUCACCGAGAAACGAAAGGGAUGAGGUUUGAGAAUAUUAGCAAGCUCAGCACCAGUUUACGAGACGAUCUUGCAAAGUUAGCACAUUUUUGGCAGGCAGGAACCAAUACAGUUUACUGCAGACAAAAUGGCGUUGUACGAACGAACUGUAUGGAUUGUUUGGACCGCACAAAUGUCGUACAGAGCGCAUUUGCAAGAAUUAUUCUAAAUCUGCAGUUGAUGCGGUUUGGGAUUUCCGAAUUUCCGGAUGAAGGCAUACGUUACUAUGGACAUUUUGAGCGUAUAUUUAACCACGUUUGGGCGAAUAAUGGUGACAUGAUAUCGCGCAUGUAUGCAGGCACCAGUGCGCUCAAAGGGGAUUUUACUCGAACGGGAAAACGAAAUAUUACUGGCAUGAUGAACGAUGCAUCAAACUCCUUGGCACGCAUGUACCUGAACACAGUCAAAGAUUUUUGGAGACAGGCGACAAUUGAUUAUGUGUUAGGCUACCACAAGAUUGAGAUAUUCCGCCAUGUUCCACAGAGUACAUUGAUGUCUGCUGAACCUGGGGUAGAACGAAGAUGGGUGAAAGUGCGGAUGGAUGCUAUCGAAGUCAGCAGUGAAAUUGUCAUUGAAGACAACGAAAACAAGUUUGCGGGAUGGACUUUGCUGUCACCCAAUGAACCACUAAAACGACGAGCCAAGAAGUUUGAAGAAAAAGUUGUGUUAUUAACAGACAAGGCGCUUUACGUAUGCAGCUACAACUAUAAUCUCGAAAAAGUAGUUCAGUUUAAGCGAAUUCCUUUGGACACUAUCACAUCUAUUCAAGUGGGCGAAUACAUCCUAUCUUCGACGACGCCAGUGUCACGCGACGUUGACCAAAACUAUGGUUUUCUGCUUUUUUAUGAUUCGAAUCGCGAAUUGACCCGCUUGAAUACGGGCAGUAUCUGGAACCAAAGUCUCGAUGAUUUGAACAUCAGCUCGACGAACGUAUCAUCCAAGACAGCUACAGCCGAAAACAGCCAUUAUCGCAGCGGCCGUCACUCGUCAUUGUCAUCGUCAUCUUCUUCAAGCUGUAGCGAUAAUGAGGACGAAGCCAAAGAAGUUGAAGGUAUCAACGACAGACAGGCGUUUCUGGCAUUUAAAGGUGUUCGCUACAAUGUUCUAGGCGAAUUGUCAGAGGAAGAAAUCAAGAGCUGUCGGGAGCAAGUAUUAGAUAUUACGAAGCAGAUAGCAGCAGUAUGUGGACGGGAAAACGAUCAAAAAUUUUUGGUCCACAAACCAGUUAUCAGGUGAGCGAAAUUACCUCGAACCGAUCUGCGUGCCUUACACUCUUAUUAACUUAUACACGCAAACACGCAUUUCUAUCAUCUGUCUUUCACAGCAUUGAACAAGCUGAAGACACUGAUGGAA